ACCAUCUCCAUGUACCUCAAGAACAAGUACCUCAAGUUAAGUGAAUACGCGAAUGUGUUUUGUGUAGCCCCCACAGCUGUUCCAAAGGCCCCACAAUUUUUCCAAAGUUCGACCGAGGCGGAUGUGUUUUGUGGCGUUGCGGAAAAAUCAAAUUCUGUCGCGUCUUCGCGAAUGACGCAGAAUAAAGAAAUGCAAAAACCUUAAGUGCGGCAGCUCCUACAGACUAACUACUAAAUAAAUAGCAACAAUAGCGCUGCUAGUGGGCAUUGUGCACCAAUUUGAACAUAAAGCAGCCGCAGCAAGAGGCACACAAGAAGGCGAGAGACGACCUGCAGCCCCCAUCGUCUGGUUAUUGGCGGAUAAAAACACAGUUUCAAUUAUCGCAAAUAGUUGCUAAAACGCGCCCCCCCGGUAAGCUUCAGGCAGACACCAUGUCCGACGCGGCCAAGUCCAAUAAUAAUGCGGCGGCCGCCUCUUCCCCGGAGCCUGCGCCUGCAACCACCACCACUGAUGAGGUGCUUCCAACCAAGGAUGCAGCUUCCUCGCCAACGACACCACGGGGCGGCAACAAUCACAACAACAACCACAGCAAGAGCCACAACAAAUUGAAGUCGACACAGAACAGCAGCGGAGGCGGCAGCAUAGACAAACUGUCGCCGGAUCAGGACAUCUACAUCAAUGCCGCCGACGGACUGCCCAGCCAGCACCCCUCGCUCCCGAAGGAGGGCAUCAUAGACAGCGACACGGAGCCGGAGGUGGACGCAGACUCGUUCGACGACCUGCCCACGUCCAUUAUCGUGACGAACAUCCACUCUGAGGUGUUUGCCAAUCCGGAGCUGAAGCACGGCAUGGAAGAGCUCUUCCGCACCUUCAGCGAAUCGGCCACGUUCCAGUGGCUGCGCAGCUUCCGGCGGCUGCGGGUGAACUACGACAACGCCAUUGCGGCAGCCAAUGCGCGGAUCAAGCUCCACCAAUACGAAUUCAACAAGAAGACGGUGAUCACCUGCUAUUUUGCCCAGCCGGUGACACCCGUGAACAACAAGAACCUCCAGCCGCCGGCACCGGUCAAACAGUUCCUCAUCUCGCCGCCCGCCUCUCCGCCAGCGGGCUGGGAGCCACGCGAAGAGGCCGAACCGCUGGUCAACCACGAUCUACUGGCGGCUCUGGCCAGCCUCACACCGGGCGAGUCGCACGAGCUGCAUCCACAGAGCGAGGACCAGCCGGCGAUCAUUGUGCACACGGCGAUGGUGCCAGAGGGGGCCGGCGGUCCAGGAAUCCAGCCAAAAGCGCCCAUAGUGCAGACUAAGUGUCCGGAGAGGGCAUAAGAUCGCAGGGAGAGCAAAAGAGCAUAAGAGCGACAGAGCAGCAACGCAACCUAACGAUGAUUCCCAUCUGGAGUGAAGAAAGGAUGGGACCUUUGAUUGAAGUAUUUUUUGUAAAUAUUUUAAAUUCAAUUUGUGAUUGAUUUACACAUACCAACAUUUAGCUACGUUCGUUCGUAUGUUUGUAUUAUUAGGCCCUCAAUUCCGUUUCCGUUUCGAUAUAGUUUCCGUUACAGUCCUGUCCCUCCCCCGUCCCUUUCCCUGUACUGUCCUUCCCUGAUUUGUACACCCAACCACCCAUUAAUCAGAAUUAUAACUCCAUCCUUUCUGUUCCUUUCAAUCCGUUCCCUUCAACAUUUUAAGAGCUAUUCGAGCAUUUAAGACUACGUUUUUGAGGAGCACCCAGUUUCUUGUGGAAGAGUCCUCCUGGCAACUGCAUCUAGAUGUGUUUUCUCUAUAUCUCUUUCCUUCGUCGUCUUCGUGUCUCUCUCUAUCUCUCUCUCUCGCUGUAUGUUUCUCUCAAUUUUGAUUGUGUCUAUAUGUGUAUAAGAAAUAUCGAUGUCAACCCGAUAUCUCCCCCCUCCAUCUCUCUCUCUGUGUACCUUCUUCUUUGAAGAGAGAACCCCAACCCCGCCCCUAUUCUAUCUAUCGAGUAUAUCUAUAUCUAUAUGUAAAUGUUAAUGUAAUUCUAAGCCAGCGAAAUUUAAGCACCGAUAUCGCAUCAGAUAUCGGCCAAAGCAUACGUAUAUAUAUGUAUUUAAUUGAAAAUAUAUUCAAAAUCGAAAAUGAA